AUGACGUGGAUAUCCAAGAGCAUCACCACGCUGGGUGGUCUUUUGCUUGCCCACGCCUGCUACUCGGCGCGGGAGCAUUCUGCCCUCCAAUCCCUUCGAGCUGCCUCAGCCGCCUCCCUUACAUCACUUCCCUCGGUGACUACCUCCCUGCCGCUGGAUAUCAUAAUCGAGACCAUUGUUGCGACGUUCAUCAUCCUCCUCGGGCUGGUCCUUGGCACCCGACCCCUGCGCCCGAUCGAAUGGCGCGUCUGGGCUGGCAAGAUCGAGAGGGAGGGUGAGGAGGGCUUUAUCGAUGGUGCCGGCGAGGUGAACAAGGAUUAUAUGGGCAAUCCGUUCAGUGCCUUGGAGUCCAGGCCUAACUUUGUGGAUAUCCGGAAGCAACGCAGGGAGUUCGCCGAGUGGGUGAAAAAGGGGGGCUGA